AUGUCAGAUCUUGAGUCUUUGCUGGAGUACAAUGAAAUUGUCAAGAAGUUGUUUGCUAAUGAAGAAGAAGGAUUUCAGUUCUAUAAUAACUACGGUUUUGAGAAAGGAUUUAGUGUGAGGAGAAGCUAUUGUGAGUGGGACAAUGGCCACAAUGAGAUGACUCUUCGGAAGUUCGUUUGCAGUCGUCAAGGUUUCCGUGAAGAGAAGCAGCUGAAGAAGGCGAUUAAGAAGCGGAAGCCGCGGAAUAUUACCCGUGUUGGAUGCCUUGCUAAAUUUGUGAUUGCACGAGAUCAGAUCACAGGGCACUGGUAUGUGAAGGAUUUCAUCGAUGAACACAACCAUCCGAUGGCGCCAGCAGAGCUUACUUGUCUGCUACGUUCACAUAGAAGAAUCAACGAUGAGCAGAAAGCUGAGAUUGUGGAGAUGAAGAGUUCUGGGAUCCGCAAACACAAGAUAAUAGAUAUUUUGGAAAUACAGUAUGGUGGGUAUGAUAAGGUUGGGUGUACAACAAGGGACUUGUAUAAUUUCUGCCAUCGCUAUAAGGUGGAGACAAUUGCUGCCGAUGACGCUCAAACAGUCAUCAGUUACCUGACAGAACUUCAGCGCAGAGAUCCUGAUUUCUUUUUCAAGUACAUGGUUGAUGGGGAAGGACACCUAAAGGGACUAUUCUGGUGUGAUAGUCAAUGUCUGCUUGAUUAUGAAGCAUUUGGUGAUGUCAUUGUAUUUGAUAGCACCUACAAAACUAAUCGGUACAACCUACCCCUUGUUCCUUUUGUUGGGGUGAAUCACCAUCGAAGCACAGUUAUUUUUGGAUGUGGAAUUAUUUCUCAUGAGAAUAUUGAGUCAUAUGUGUGGCUGUUGAGUACAUUUUCCGAGGCCAUGAUUCAGAAGCAUCCGAUCUCCGUGAUCACUGAUGGAGACCUUGCUAUGCAGAGAGCAAUCAGGCUUGUGUGGCCGAAUUCAUCGCAUAGGCUCUGUAUAUGGCAUAUUGAGCAGAACAUUGUGCGUAAUCUUAAGGAUGAUGUUGUCAAGGAUGAAUUUAGGAGUUUCCUUUAUGAUUGUUGGUCCAUAGAAGAGACCGAGAGAAAAUGGCAGGAAUUUUUGGAUAAGCAUAAGCACGUGGAGCACUGUCUUUCAGGGCUGCGCACAAAUGAGGCAAAGUUGGACACUGAUGCAUUACAAUCUGAGGCAUGCAUAGAACCAGAUGCUUCAAUUAUUGAGAUAGAAGCCGUGAAAUCGUUCACUCCAACAGUUUUCGCCACGGUGCAGUUCAACAUAAAGGCGGCCAAGAAGUGUUUUUCGAUUGACAUUCUAGAUGGCGAUAAUAUGAGUGAGUAUAUUGUUGGCAGGAAGGAUAAAGGAGACAUGAUGUACUAUGUCAAAUGUCUAUUUUGUGAUGAAGGCAAUCUGAAGGGAAUUUCUUGUUCUUGUGGUAAGUUACAAUCGAUUGGAACCCCCUGCUCACACAUCUUCUUUGUAUUGGGCGAUCUGGAUGAAGACAAGCUUCUAGACUGUUGUGUUUUGAAAAGGUGGACAAUGGGGGUGAAGAGUGCAUUUCCUCUUAAAAGGAAGAGCACCAUGUAUGACUAUUCCGAAAGCCUACAGAGGUACCGUGAGCUACGCAAUAUCGGUCAAGCUGCAGCCUUCGCAGCAUCUCGUUCACUUGAAUCAUAUGAGCGGCUGAAACACGUUCUGCAGGAUGAAGUUGCUAUGAACCUGCCAAAUGAAGAAGAUAACAGAGGCAAGAGGUAUGGUCCGGUGCUGCCACAAGCCCCGGAUUUUGAUUCUGUAGCGUUCAGUAAUGUGCUGGAUCCCUUGCAUGUGCCUGGAAGAGGGGCCCCGAAGAAAAAUUUGAAGUCAAUUUUAGUCCGACAUGUCCUGCAUUAA